AUGGCCCCAAUCCGAUUAUCUAAAUCAGUCUUUGGGACACUUCGAGUAAAACCAAAUCAUACUUUACCCAUUCGACAAAGAUGUUUAUACCAUUCGUAUGAACACGACCAGCCGCCGCCCUUCCCAGAGGCCGAGUCUUCGAUACUCUCAGCAGCGAUGCGCCAUGUCCCUGAUCACGGCUUCACAAAUGCAGCACUGAAAUUUGGCGCCCGCGAUGCUGGUUAUCUUGACGUCUCGACGAACCUUCUCCCCCGGGGCGUCUUUGACUUGAUCAAUUAUCAUCUGGUCACGCAAAGACUUGCAUUGAAAGACUCUGUCCAAUUUCCUACGGAGGGACAGGUGGAGGGGAAGGCAAUGGGCGUUGGAGCGAAGGUCAGGGCGCUGACUUUGGCACGUUUGCGUGCCAAUGGACCCAUUAUUCACCGUUGGCAAGAGGCACUCGCCAUAAUGGCCCAGCCAACCUAUGCCCCGGCAUCUGUAGCUGAACUGGCGCGACUGGCCGACGAGAUAUGGUUUCUCGCGGCAGACACCAGCGUUGACUCGAGCUGGUACACCAAGCGCGCAAGCCUGUCAGCUCUGUACGCCGCAUCGGAUGUGUUCAUGACCCAAGAUACGUCCAAGGAUUUCAUUGAGACUGAACAGUUUUUCGAUGCGAGGUUGAAGGAUGUGUCACGCAUGGGAAGUUUCAUGGGCGCUGUGGGCGAAUGGGUCGGAUACACAGGUCAUUCGGCUGUCAACGUACUGAGGAGCAAGGGCGUGAGGAUAUGA